AUGAUUUGUUCCGGAUCAAAUAAUACUCAGGACAGUACAAAAAAGAAGUUCAGAAAAGAAAGAAAGAAAGAAAAUUACGACAACGAGGGGGACGACGACUUAUUCAUCUUCCAGCGCUACAAACCCGGAGGUUUAGACAGUCUCUGCAAAGGAUCACAUUUUAAUAAGAAAGAGAUACGACUUAUGUAUCAGGGAUUCAAACAAGAAUGUCCGACAGGAAUCUGUACCGAAGAUGAUUUUAAAGCCAUAUACAGUAAAUACUUUCCACAGGGAGACGCUACCAAAUAUGCACAUCUAGUGUUCAACACAUUCAAGUCUAUGGGUUGCCAGCAAACAGGAGUUCUUAACUUUGAGUUGCGGUGGAUUUUCGGCUUAUAUGACAUCAACGGCGACGGAUUCAUCACUAAAUCAGAGAUGUUGGUCAUCGUGAGCGCCAUUUACGAUAUGUUGGGCGAUUAUGUCAUACCAUUCGUGGAUUCCGUGGCGCCUAAAGAACACGUCGAGAGGCUGUUCCACCUAAUAGACGCCGAUAAGGACGGUGUCAUAUCGUUUGAGGAAUUCACUGAAUGGUGUCAAAAGGAUGAAGACAGAGCACAGGCACUACUCAUGUUUGACACAAUAUUUUAAUAUUACGUUUGAAUGGGAGAAUCGGUUGGAAAGAAUCGCUCAUUUGGUAUAUAAAUCGCUAUAUAAUUGUUAAACAAAAACUACAAAUUCUGUUAACAAAACAAUGUUAUUGAUUAGAUUUAUAGAGCAUUAAAUCGUAUGUAAUGUAAUGUCACAUACAAUACAAAACACUUUGUUAUAACUUGAACACACAAUCCAGUGGAUCACUAAAAACUAUUUUGACGUUUCAUUAGUCAAACACUACAAUAUAGUUAUUGUUUAGUUGUCACCAGAAAUGUAAUCAUUAUUUUGUUAAUAACAACAAAAUCAAAACUAAAAGCCAAACAUCACUUCCAGGACUUAUAAGUGAAUCAUUUUGAGAGUAAAACAAAAUUUUAUAUUAAAUUAUAUAAUAGGAAAACAAACUACAGAAUUACAAUAAAACAAAUUAUCGUCUAAUUAGAAAGAUUAAUAAUAAAUUAAAUUAUUAAAUCCAUUUAAGCUUUGUUUAA